AUUUCUGGCCGGCGCGGUGCGGCAGGGGACGGUUAGCAGCGAGCGGAACGGUUGCGAUGGCGAGCGGCAGCCUGGCGGGCGCGGCGGCGGCAACCGAGAAUGGCAUCUGCAGCGCCAAUGGCCCCCUCCGCCUCGCAGCCGGCUGCUCGUGGGAGUGCGUGUCCCCCUCGUCUCGCGGGGGCCUGGCGGACACCCUGCGCCUCCUUCCCGAGGGAGCCAGUGAGGGCGAAGCGCUGGCGCCGCCCGAGUACGGUGAGAACUCUGUGGUUUUGGAGAGGUGCUUAAAUGAUGAAGAGGAAACUCCCUGCUUACUGUACCUGCAGUGUGAUCCUCAUGGAUCUGAGGAAAUAGUCUGUGUUGGAAUUUUAAGUGAGGCAAGAAACAUGGAAGUAUAUGUAGGAGAAGAGUAUUGUGGAACUAGUAGGGGACAGACUGUCUGCACCAUCCAGAAUGAUAGAAAUGACAAGGUUACUUUAUACAAAAAAUAUCUUAAAUUGGAGUACUCAACAACCUCUUGUAGAAUUAAGCUGCUCUCCAUUGGUGAAAGACAAAGAGUGCUCAUAACUAAAAUUGUAGUACAAGUAAAAUCAGUUUCUGCAAAAUCUCCCUCAGAUCUUCCUUCACUAGGAUCAAGCGUAGAUCUAGACAGAGUUCAAACUAUGGUGGAAUCCAUGGGGUCAAAGUUAUCUCCAGGUGCUCAGCAACUCAUGAAUAUGGUACGACUUCAGCAGAAGGCAAGUUACCACACUUCAUUUAUGUAAAUAUAUAAAAAGGCAUAAUCCAGGACUUUGUGUUUUGUGUCUGUGUUACACGCAUAUUCCAAACUCAUUUGAUUAAGGACCUCUCCGAACAAACUUCUUACUAUUUCAAAUCUCGUUUAGCCACCACCACUGUCAUAAGCCUGGGAACAUAAAUGAGCCUUGCAAUUUGCUCUGAAGGUCACUAAAGCCAAGCUGACUGACUGAAUUCCAGAGUUGAGGACUCCCCACUAAAAACACUAUCCCACCAAACCUUCCUCCCCUUU